UUCAAUAAAAUAAAAAGCUAAUUUUAUAUUUUACUUUAGUCCAGUUGGACAUUAUGUUAUAAAUUUUGAGAAAUGUUUAAAUUAAAUUAAAGGUGUUACAUCGUAGCUACGGUUAUUUUCAAUGACAAAAGGCCUUGCAAAACGCAUAGAUCGGAUAAUUUUCCUAAUGUAUUGUUUUGAUAGAUAAUGGAUCCAAGAAUGUGUAGGAAAAUCAGUAGUAGUGAAAGUCUUCCAGAUGCUGAAAAUGUGGAAUAUGAAGUAUCAAACAUCAUUGCACCGCAAGAGAGCGAGGAGAAUUUCUUGAUCGAAGGAAGUCCCGAGCCAAACUCGGUAACUUGGCUGGACGACGAACAGAUUGAAGACUUAGAUCUUAAUUUAGACCAAACUAACCUAUUUUUUCAUAGAGUUGAUAGUGCUGAUAUCAUAUACAGAAGUAAGAAGAAAAAAUGCAAAAUGGUUGGGAAGUAUGUGAUGGGAGAUGUUCUAGGGGAAGGUUCGUAUGGGAAAGUAAAGGAGAUGCUAGACUCCGAGUCGCUGUGCAGGCGGGCUGUCAAGAUACUGAAGAAGCGGAAGCUGAGAAGAAUACCUAACGGUGAACAAAAUGUACAGAGAGAAAUUCAAUUACUGCGAAUACUUAGACAUAGGAAUGUGAUAGAACUAGUCGAUGUAAUGUAUAAUGAUGAAAAACAAAAAAUGUACCUUGUUAUGGAGUUUUGUGUAGGUGUAUUACAGGAUAUGCUGGAAUCAAGUCCUGGUAAAAAGUUUCCCCAACGACAAGCGCAUGACUACUUUACACAGCUGCUGGACGGAUUAGAGUACUUACAUGGGCAAGGGGUCGUCCACAAAGAUAUAAAACCGGGCAACUUGCUUCUGACCUUGGACCAAACACUUAAAAUAACUGAUUUUGGAGUUGCUGAGGCUCUAGACAUGUUUUCUCCAGAAGACACCUGUUAUACAGGACAGGGUUCUCCUGCCUUUCAGCCCCCUGAAAUAGCCAAUGGCGCAGAAACAUUUUCAGGCAUCAAAGUUGAUAUAUGGAGCAGUGGAGUAACAUUGUACAACAUGACGACGGGCCGGUACCCGUACGAGGGCGACAACGUGUACCGGCUGCUGGAGGCCAUCGGGCGCGGGGAGCCGGCGCCGCCGCCCGCCGCGCUCGGGCCCGCGCUCGGGGCGCUGCUCUCCCACAUGCUGCAGCGGGAGCCAGAGCGCAGGCCCACCGUCAACGAGAUCAAGAGACACGCGUGGGUGCAAGCGACGCCGCCGCUAGAAGCCGGCGAGAGGCUGGUGAGCCCGCGUUCGAGACGCUCCGACGAGCUGCACACCUCCACGGUCAUCCCCUACCUGGUGGAGCGACACUACGCAUCCGCACAGGAGUACUUUACUGAACGAGACUUGAGACACGAGUUAGGCGACGGCGGUUCCCGGACGAUGUCAACGGCCGAGUUAUCGGACGGCGAGUCGACGCGGCAGAAGCGCCGCUGGCACUCGUCGUGCGGUCGCCUGCCCUCGUGCCGCCUCACGUGAUGCGGCGCGCGCCUGCUAAGCUCUAUGGCAAUGGCUGGGCUGGGUCAACUGACCCGCAAAUGUAAUACUACGUUAUGAUACAGGUGUGCUGAUUGAGGGCUAUCGUUUUAGAUCACCAGUCAACGCCACUUUUUAUUUUAUUUAUUUUAUUUGGUGCACAAAACAGGGACACAACCACAACAUACAAAGCAUCUAAAGCAGGUUACACAGCAUAACUUGUUGCAGCUCCAACUAACUAACUGUAGAGUAUGAGCUCUUUCAAAUUAGAGGUUUUGAGACGGACGUUUGUCGUCGUAGGACCGCAUACUGAAAAUUGUAUGACAACUGCGUUGGAAUAAAAAUGACAGUCAAUGAGGGCUAUCGUUUUAGCGCUCACCAGUUAGCGCC